AUGGAGCAGAAAGGAGAUCAGAUGAACCAGGACCCCUUCUCCUGUUCGAUCUGCCUGGAUCUACCGAAGGAUCCGGUGACGAUUCCCUGUGGACACAGCUACUGUAUGAACUGUAUUAUAACCCACUGGGAUGAAGAGGAAAAAAGCAACAGCUGCCCUCAGUGUGAGCAGACCUUCACACCGAGGCCUGUCCUGGAGAAAAACACCAUGCUAGCAGCUUUAGUGGAGCAGCUGAAGAAGACUGGACUCCAAGCUGCUGCUGCUGAUCACCGCUAUGCUGGACCUGAAGACGUGGCCUGUGAUUUCUGUACUGGAAGAAAACUGAAAGCCAUCAAGUCCUGUUUAGUCUGUCUGGCCUCUUACUGUGAGAAACACCUUCAGCCUCAUUAUGAUGUGGCUCCUUUAAAGAAACACAAGCUGGUGGAGCCGUCCAAGAACCUCCAGGAGAACAUCUGCUCUGUGGAUGAACAUAAAGGCCACAUCACAGUAUCAGCUGCAGCAGAAAGGACUGAGAGGCAGAGAGAGCUGGAGGAGAGACGAGGAAACAUCCAGCAGAGAAUCCAGGAAAAAGAGAAAGAUGUGAAGCUGCUUCAACAGGAGGUGGAGGCCAUCAAUCACUCUGCUGAUAAAACAGUGGAGGACAGUGAGAAGAUCUUCACUGAGCUGAUCCGUCUCCUCCAGAAAAGAAGCUCUGAUGUGAAGCAGCAGAUCAAAUUCCAGCAGGAAACUGAAGUGAGUCGAGUCAAAGAUGUUCAGGAGAAGCUGGAGCAGGAGAUCACUGAGCUGAAGAGGAAAGACGCUGAGCUGGAGCAGCUCUCACACACAGAGGAUCACAACCAGUUUCUCCUCAACUACCCCUCACUGCCAGCACUCAGUGAGUCUACACACUCAUCCAGCAUCAACAUCCGUCCUCUGAGACACUUUGAGGACGUGGCAGCAGCUGUGUCAGAGCUCAGAGAGAAACUACAGGACGUCCUGAGAGACUCAUGGACAAACAUCUCACUGAUGGUCACUGAGGUGGAUGUUCUACUGUCAGAACCAGAACCAAAGAGCAGAGAUGAAUUCUUAAAAUAUUCACAUGAAAUCACUCUGGACCCAAACACAGCUCACACUUAUCUAAAGCUAUCAGAGGGGAACAGGAAGGUUACAGCUUUGGAUCAACCUCAGUCUUAUUCCAGUCAUCCAGAAAGAUUCACUUCAUGGUGGCAGGUUCUGAGCAGAGAGAGUCUGACUGGACGCUGUUACUGGGAGGUGGAGUGGAGAGGUAGAGGGGCUUAUAUAGCCGCUUCAUGCAAGAAUAUCAGCAGAGCAGGAAAUGAAUGUGGAUUUGGUCGAAAUGACAAAUCCUGGGCUUUAGAUUGUCACCAAAAUAGUUUCACGUUUUGGCACAACAACACUGCAAGCUCCAUCUCGGUUCCUCAGUCCUCCAGAGUCGGAGUGUACCUGGAUCACAGAGCAGGUAUUCUGUCCUUCUACAGCGUCUCUAAAACCAUAACCCUCCUCCACAAAGUCCAGACCAGAUUCACUGAGCCGCUACAUGCUGGAGUUUGGCUUUACAUCUGUGGGAGCGCUGCUGAGUUCAGUAAACUUUAAUUACGUCUGUCUUCUUUAUCAGUUACUGGGUGUAAUUAGCACUAAUAUACAGUAUAUUGCAAUAUUGUUUUCAUUUAAGUUUCCAUUCUGUAUUUUUAGCUCAUGUAGAUGACACAAUAUACCACUGCUAAUGUUUUAGCAAAUACAAUAAUCAUGUAAACUGUAAUGGGAUCUACUGUUUGUAAAAUGGCUUGAGCAUUUUAUUCAUGCGUAGAUAUUUCUUCAUCACUCUUUUGUUGUGGGUUGAAUCAACUAAAUGUUGUAUGUUUUGCAAAAACUUUACCAUACCAGCAGAAAGACUUGACUACAUUGCUCAAUAAAGAGAGAAAAAGACUU